AAGGCCAAGUCCUUGCGCCUGGUUUGUGCAGGACGCUCUUGAAAGGCCACGUCCUAAACGAAAUGGCAGCCCUGGUCCAUAAGGAAACCUCACUUGCCCCGAGAGAGAGAGAGGCAUAGUCCCCAAUGGGCAAGGAUUCCCCAGUGAUUCCUAUGGGCAAGGAUGGCUUCCCUAGGGACAAGGGCUGCUUGGGUUUCUACAUCCCCUUUUAGGUUCUGUCAACAAACUUGAUAAGCUGCCAGAAUGUCUGAAGUUGGAGAGGUUGGUGAUAUGUUGUCUGAAGUGACUCUGGAUAAUGCAUGUAAAACAUUAAGCGAUAACUAUGAAGCUAUUCCUGACACAAAACCUAGAGAUAUUAUAGUCACUAUUGGAGCUACUGUACCAACUGGCUUUGAGGUGACUGCAGCGGAUGAAGUACAAGAGAAACUAGGAUCAAAGUCCAGAAUUAGCAAGGACAGAGGAAAAAUCUAUUUUGAUAUUCCUGCUAUCAGCCUUCCACAGGUUCACCAGUUGCGAUCAGUUGACAACCUGUUUGUUGUUGUUCAAGAAUUCAAAGAUUAUGAGUUUAAAGAAACAAAGGUAAGCAUUAUUUUUUACUCCAUGUUUCCAAGUAUAAGAUUUUUAAAAGACAAAAAACCUCAUUUGGUUUAUAGAAGUUGUCUGUUUUUUGAUGUGAAAAAUUAGGAGUUCAACAUGCUA